CUUUCAAAUUUCAGGAAAAUCUUAUUCGUACGAUGAUACAGAUUGAGAAUACAUAUUUUGAAUUGGGUAAUUCAAGCACCCGAAACUGUUUGAUUAUAUGCGAUCGUGGUGUUAUGGAUGCCAGUGCAUAUAUUUCCAAAGAUAAAUGGGAAAAAAUGAUGUCAACAAAUAAUUGGAAUCCAGUAGAAUUACGUGAUAAUCGCUAUAAUCAAAUUUUGCAUUUGGUAUCAGCUGCAAAUGGUGCUGAAGAAUUUUACACAAUUGAAGAUCAUUCGUGCCGUUCAGAAGGCGUUGAUUUGGCACGUGAAUUGGAUUAUAAAUCAGCUGCAGCUUGGGUAGGACAUCCUUACUUUGAUGUGAUUGAUAAUUCAACUGAUUUUGAAACAAAAAUGAAUCGUAUGAUUGAAUCUGUUUGCCAAAAAGUUGGAAUCGAUAUUGGUGAUCGUUUGCGUGCUACCUCAAGAAAACUCAAAUUUUUGGUUGCUAUUCUACCGCCAGAAUCCGAAUUUCCACCGUUUCAAGACUUUGAUGUUGUACAUCACUAUCUACAAUCCUCAGGACCUAAAGUACAAGCACGCCUUCGUAAACGUGGUCAAAAGAAUCACUGGAGCUAUAUACAUACUAUCCGCCGCCCCAAUGUGCAUGGUCAAUCACGCAUAGAAGUUAAAACACAACUAACGCAUCGUGACUAUAUCAAUUUAUUGGCACAACGUGAUGAUGCACAUUUUACUAUUUACAAAAAGCGUCGUUGUUUCCUUAUUAAUAAUCAAUAUUUCCAAUUGGAUAUAUAUAAGGAACCCAGCCAUCCACGUUGCAAAGGUUUGAUACUUUUGGAAACGUAUUCGUCUCUCUCUGGUGAGGCAUUUAAAAAUUGUAUGCCAAAGUUUUUGAAUAUAGUCAAAGAGGUUACUGGUGAUCCAGAUUAUUCUAUGUUUAAUUUAUCCUUAAAGGAAGAUUGGAGUAAAACGAAAAAAUUUUGUCAUGCCUUACAAGAUGAUGGCGCCUCCGCUCAAAAAUCAAAACAAACAAAUGGAGUUUCGAAUAAGCAAUUGGUACUUAACGGCUAUGCUAAGGAAUUCGGUGAAAUCAAGAAACAAAAAUUAGAUAUAGUCUAUUAAACCGAAUACUAUAAUGAAGCAAGAUGUAAAUCGUUUGAUGUCUCAAAAUGCUAUAAUUUUCAAUGAAUUGGACCUAAGUACUAAAUAUGACUAUAAAUGUAAUUAGAAGGACCUCCCUUGUUUGAUAUUUUUGGUAUGAUUGUCAAUAAGUUAGUGAUUGUAUGUAAAAAGUACUUAAAUGAAAAUGUUACGUGACUUUUAUUUAUUUUUUUGUUAAAUGCAAUUUUGAAUGAAAUAUAUUUUU